AUGGAACAGAGGGCAUGCAAAUCCUGUGCUAGGGCAAAGCGGAGGUGUGACAAGCAGGGACCACAGUGCUCGAGGUGCCGCAGGCGAGGCAUCCAAUGCACCUACCCUACAGCAAAGCGAACUGCCUUCGUCCUUUGCAAAGAAGAUACUACUAGUAGUAGUAGUAGUGGCCAUCAUCAUGUGCACGAUGUCUUUGGUCAUGAAGUCAUAGGAGAUUCCGCUAACAAACUGUCACAAAACGAAACCCAGCCAGUUUCUGAUUGGCUCGACUCGUCAUCGCUGGACACGUGGAAUCUAGGGUUCCUCAGUUUGCCGGUUUCGCCUCGAUCAGUACCUAGCGAGCAAUUGGUGCGUUAUGUCGCCAUGCUCCGUGAGUGGCUUACUCAAUGGGUGGAACAAGGGAGCAAUCCGUUUAUUCACGCUUUUCUGUAUCGGACGUACAUGCCGCCAUGCGUUCAGGAUGCUUAUACAGCAUUCUCAUCGUAUCAUCAUAAGAAACUGUCCAACGAGCAGAUGAUAUUUCGAAUUAUUGAGGACCGUGCUAAGCAGCUAAUAGCUUCUGAGGGCAUACCCGCCCCCAAGGCUUCAAAUUUCAAUCUCAACUCCCUUGAACAUCUGGCUAGGGUACAGUCUUUGAUUGUCUACCAAAUCAUAGGACUUUUUGAUGGAGACAUUCGACUACGACAUUUUGCAGAAAGCCAGAUACCGAUGCUUGAUAAUUGGGUACAGGCGAUGGUUGCGCAUGCCGCUGAAAUGGUCUCCUCAAGUGGCGGUACGAAUUUAUGUUCUCGCGAGCAGCUCCAACAGUAUAUUGGCACGGAUCUGGACAUUACCAGCCACGAAAAUCUCGACUGGUACUCCUGGAUACUCUCUGAAAGCAUCCAGCGUACGUGGAUGAUAGCCUCGGGCAUUCACGCCAUCUACUUGAUGAUGCAGCAAAGCGUGUCGCGCCCCUGUCUUGGUUACACGGUGUUUAGCACGCGACCUGGCAUUUGGGAGGCCCCUUCAGCUGUGACUUGGAGCAAAGUCUGCUUGGAAAGAAACACCGGCUUGGUGCAGAUGGCAGACGCAGAUCGGCUAUUUUCGGAAGCGGCACCGGAAGAUGUCAAUGAGUUUACGAAAGUAUUCUUACAGGCGACAUUUGGUGCGGAGAGGAUGGAAAGAUGGAUUACUCAUGCCAAAGACCAGAGAUGA